CUUUUUUCUGCUGCAACUUUGUUUCUUUCGAAUUGUAUGGGCUGUAGAAUUUUGAUCCUGGUGGUCAUGUGAUUUUGAUCAGCCUAGUUAGCUAACUGAUAAAAGUCAACAUUUCAUUCUGUAGUAGGUACAUUUUGUCGACUUUGCACAAUAAGAGUUAGACUAUAACUUAUAAUAAUGCUGUUGGUGUUAUCUGACGAACAUAAGGAGCACCUGGGGUUUCUGCCAGAGGUGGACUCUGCGGUGGUUGGUGAAUUUGGACGAAUAGCGGUUGAGUUCCUGCGAAAGGGAACAAACCCUAAGAUCUAUGAGGGGGCUGCCAGGAAGCUGAGUGUUGACGCAGAGACCGUACAGCAUGGUGUGGAGGGACUCAUGUACCUGCUCACCGAGAGCUCCAAACUCAUGAUCUCUGAGGUGGACUUUCAGGACUCAGUGCUGGUGCUGGGCUUCACCGAGGAGCUGAACCACCUGCUGCAGCAGCUCUACCUGGAAAACAGGAAGGAGAUCCGACACAUCCUGGGUGAACUCACCCCCUCACUGCCACACUACCACAACCUGGAAUGGAGGCUGGACGUGCAGCUGGCUAGUCGUGCCCUCCGGCAGCAGGUUAAGCCUACAGUGACUAUGAAGCUGCACCUGGAGGAGAGUGGAGGUGAUAAGAGCGCUAAGGUACUACAGACUGACCCUGCCACCCUGAUGCACCUCAUCCAGGAGCUGGAGAAAGCCUUAGCUGAGCUCAAGACCACCCAUUGCCGCAGGAUCCUACGCAACAUCAAAUAGUGACCUCCGACUGACACAACUAUUGUCCGUUAUUGAACUGGGACAUCACUGAUCUGGACGCGUGCAACAUCAAGUCCUUUGGACACAGAUUCCUGUGCAACAUCAAACAGGGUUCUAUUCCUUGACCCCGGAACCCUAUGUAAGAGCAAAUAGGGUCCCCCCUGACAUGAAAUUAUUUCUCAACUUUGAAUUGAGCUCUGCCAGCAGAGGGCGCUACAGCUUACCCUGCAUCAGGAAUAGCAGGGAUAGGAGAUGGGCCACUAUCACAUAGGAUAAAACUUUGUUGCCUGAAGUGCUUAUGUCUCCUUUUUUACUUUCUGUUUGGAUCAAGACCCAUAGCCACAGAGUGUCUUGGAGUAGGAGGGCUUAUCUAGGAUCAGUUUAGCCUUUUAGAUCAUAAUGAAUCAGAUUUAUAUGGACAGAUCCUAGAUCAGCUCUCACCUACUCUGAGACGCUUUGUGGACACAGGCCCUGGGAGAGCUGAUCAGGAAAAGUGAAAUAAAAAUGGCAGAGGCCACCUGGGGUAUGCUAUCACUUGUGCAGUUUUAUUCUGAUCAGGGAGGGAGAUGAGGCCACACUAAGGUGUGAAUUCAAAGAAUUCAAUCCUUUUUGUUUCAAUAUGAACCCUUUUCUUUUACAGGUUAAUAUGUUUAGGCCCGGUCCCAGAUCUGGUCUCCCUCACAGCCCGGUCCCAGAUCUGUGGUCUCCAUUGCCAUCCAAGGCAUUGCAAUUCUAAUUCACUUAGCUAAUGGCAAUCACAAUAACCAGAUCAGAAUUAGGUGGGAGGUUAUUUUGGGCAUUUCUAAUGUGGUAUGUUGAGGUUACUGAUGGAUAUUUUCUAACCUUGUGGAAACACAGCACUUGGCAAAAGCCCUCAGUUGUAAUCAUGCAGUGCUUUUGCAUUCAAUUUCUUUGAUCAUUGAAUUUGUUCACCUUCACAUGUAAAAGUGUUAAUUGUAUUUUAUAUCACGUUUUUUGUGCUAACAUUUUUUUGGGGGGGAUAGCCUUGAUUCUUUUCACCGACCAAUUGGCCCUUUGCUAAGCCCUGCCCCAGAAUGUUGGGCAACCAAUCGCAUCACUCAAAUGGAUAGCAACUGUCGUCAUGUCCGACUCGGACAAGCUCCCGUUUAAAUCACAUGAAAUCCAGUGAGGACUAUGGCAAAAAGUUUUCUUUAAAAACAACAUUUUGCCUACAUGGCUAAAUAACUGAACAGUGCAGCAGGAGUACUUGAUACUGUGAUUCCUGAAAUACAGAGCCUGUUUGAGUAUUUUUCAAAUCUGAAAUGAUACUAAUAACAUUGUUUGCUAGUUCAGCUGGGUAGCUAACUCUUUCUCAUUGGUCACCAAAAUGUAGCUGACGCUAGCUAGCCACUUAAUAUAACUUGUUUUCUCAAUGUAUGUUAGCUAGCUAAGUUAGCAAUGUUAUGAAUACAACUCCUAUCUGGUAUCGACUUCAGGAUAUGAUUUGAAAGCGCUAGUUGGCUCCAAAGGGGGUUAUAGUUUUGACUGCAUGCUGACAGUGAAUUCAGAGCCUUUCAGUGGCUAGCUGCACCACUAGCAUAAUUUGAUCAGGUUCUCGGGAAACAAUUGUAAUGACAGUCCCACUACAACAUACCCAAGAGUUUCCUGAUGAGCAAAUGUUUAUUUUCAUUAUGUAUUAGAAAACACAGUUUGAGAUCAUUGUGAGGGGAUGUCGUCAGUGGUUGAAUGGGGAAUUGGACAGCACUGGAAAAUGUUUUCCGAUGUUGCAACAGUAACCAAGGAGGGGGCGGGCAUAGAGAAGGGUCAAUUAUGGAGGACGGUGAGAGAACACUGCACUGUAUAAUGUAGAGGAUUCAGAAUGUGUUCUUUCUGUUAUACAUCAAGUGUUAAUUUUUUGUUUUACUUCUGCAUGUCUGACUAAUGUAUUCUUCUAGGAUUUCUGAUGAUUUUUUGAGUGGCUGAAUGUUACUUUGAAUUUUAUAAAGCAAAGAAGUUAAAAUGUU